GCGGGCCAAGACGUUGGUCUUGUAGGUUGUCCCAUACAUUCUACCGGUGCUUCAUAGCCCUGUAAUUGGACUGCAUUGCACAACUAUGGGCAGUGUGUUGGCUGCCACGUCCCCAAACCCCCCUGCUUCAGGCAGUGGGAGCAGCAGCAGCAGCUCUCAAGGGGGUCCAGGCCUGAUGGUGCCUCCUGGCUUCACCAUGCCCACCAUGCCAUCAUCUGUGGGCACCGGUGCACAGGCUGGCACAGACACAGAGUCCUCUCUCACCAACCCAGGCACAUUUGAAGAGUGCCAUCGGAAAUGCAAAGAGGUCUUCCCAUUGCAGAUGGAGGGUGUGCGACUGGUGGUCAACAAGGGUUUAAGUAAUCACUUCCAGGUGAGCCACACGAUUACACUGAGUACCAUGGGAGAAUCCGGUUACAGGUUUGCAGCCACAUAUGUUGGGAGCAAGCAGACGGGACCUACUGAGUCAUUUCCAGUAAUGGUUGGUGACAUGGAUAACACGGGCAGUCUCAAUGCACAGUUUAUCCACCAACUGACCACACACGUACGCUCCAAAGUGGCUCUGCAGACACAGCAACAUAAGUUUGUGAACUGGCAGUGUGACACAGAGUACCGUGGAGAUGACUUCACUGCUGCUAUAACACUGGGCAAUCCAGAUGUUCUUGUUGGAUCUGGGAUUUUAGUGGCUCAUUACCUUCAGUCUCUGUCGCCUGCCUUGGCUUUGGGGGGUGAGCUGGUGUACCACAAGAGACCUGGAGAGGAGGGCACAGUCACCUCGUUCAUGGGCAGAUACACAGGCACCAAUUACGUGGCCACACUGACAGUUGGAGGAGCAGGUGCUCAUGCAUCAUACUACCACAAAGCCAAUGAUCAGUUGCAAGUUGGAGUGGAGUUUGAGGCGAGCACACGCAUGCAAGACACAAGUGUGACUUUUGGCUAUCAGGUGGACCUGCCCAAAGCUAAUCUUCAGUUUAAAGGUUCAUUAGACAGUAACUGGGUGGUAGGGGCUACGCUGGAGAAGAAACUGCUGCCACUCCCGUUGUCUCUAGCUCUCGGCGCCUUCCUGAACCAUCGCAAAAACAAGUUUCAAUGCGGUUUUGGAGUUACUAUUGGUUAGACUUGCACCAGGAGCAACAAAUUGCAGCAGAUCUGCAUUUCAAGCAGACGUGAACUGGUGCAGAGAGACAGGGGGACAUGGACCAACAACCAGAUGGACUCAGAUUCUCCCACAAGCACUGCGGAGUACACAUAUGGACUACACAUGAGGACUACAAUAAAUCAGGCUAAAGUGACCGGCGUUUCAUAUUUGCCGAUCUACUUCAUGUGAAAAGAAACGGAUCAUGAUCAGACAACAUUAAAAUAUUUAGAAAAAAAAGUUUCAUGUUUACUCCUAAAAAGGUGCCUCUAGGUUACAUAAUGAUGCAGUUUUUAUGUGCGUCCCUGAUGAUUUCUAAAGUUUGUUAGGCUCGAGAUGUGCAUUUCAUCUGUGACACACGUGAAAAGGAAGCAUUUAAUCUGUCAGCCUUUGGACUUUAUGUUCAAAAUAAGAUUUAAUCCCUACAUUUUAUUAAAACUGACAAUUUACUCUCUGUCCCAGGCAAGCUCAGUGAUCAGGUGCACAAUAAAAGCAGAGAGUAAGCCAGCCAGCUCAAUCUCUCUAAUCUCCAAGUCGUAGUACACUGUACUAUAAUAUGCCAUGACAGGUUCCGUGUCCCUUUGUCUCUGACUUGACAAAACUGUCAGAGCUUGGACCGGCCUUGGGACAAAUUUAUAUGCUGGGUUCAUAUUCAUGAUCAUGCAAGUAUUUUUCAAUACCAGGUCAAAUCAGGAAUUCCUUUUUAAUGUUGAAUUUCUUGUAAUUGCUGUAAAUCAUUACGAGGGGCUGGAAGGACAGGAAGAAGAAAAAAAUAAAAUCUGCUUUGGUCAUUUCA